AUGGAAGCGGCGCUACCGCAUUUUCAUCGUCUCGCGUCAUCAAGAUUCUACCAACAAUAUGCAGCACCACCGGUUCACAUUUCCAGCAAUUAUCUCCAUGACCUUGUUCCUCAACAGCAUCCGACUCUUCUGCAACAGUAUCUCUCCUACUAUCAUGAACCAUCCGUUCCCUUAGAUCUAUCACUAAAGCAGACCACCCCCAUAACUCCGCCAUGCACACCGCCACCCCAAAAAAGGAAACAAACAGACGAAACCAAAGUUCACAAACCGCCAAAAAUAUUCAGACAUUUUGAAGACGAUGAUACGAAGGAUGAAGUUGAGGAUAAGGUGCAGAAACCAAAAAAUGACGAAGAACAUUCCAACGAUAGCGAUAGCCCAGAAGCUAAGAAACUGAAAUUCACGAAGCAAUUCUUCGACGAACUCCGAACAUGUCUCCCGAACGGCGGUGAUAAAAGUGAGAGAAGUUCCCCCGAAAUUGUCGAAAUUAAAGAUGUCGAGGAACGACCUAGGAAGUCUCCUAAGCCUCAACAACCGCUGAAGAAGAGCAAAGCAGUGAGACGACUUAUGUUCGAUGAAGACAAGACGUCGCCUGUAUCUGGGACCAUUAUUAGAGAUCUAGCUGAAGAUGAAACAUUAGUAGUUAGAAAGGGCGAUAUUGACCCGGCUUUUAACGUCGUGGAAGUCACGGAAGAAGCAAAAGCGUUGAUAGCGACCAUUGAAAACCGCCUCGGCCGGUACAUCUGCAGGUUAUGCCGGCGUUUGUACAACGACGCGUUUGCGCUCGCGCAGCAUCGGUGUUCCAGGAUAGUCCACAUUGAAUAUCGAUGUCCGGAAUGCGAUAAGGUCUUCAACUGUCCAGCGAACUUAGCCUCCCACCGACGCUGGCACAAGCCUCGGGUACCUGGUGCCACAAAACGACGUGAACCAUCCAACACAGAAUCAGGACGUUUCUCCUGCGAAAGGUGCGGGAAGAUGUUUAGGAGGCAGGCGUAUUUGCGGAAACACCUCCUCGCUCACGAUCAACCAGAAAGUGACGUUGACAAAGAACCAUCUGCUUUCCGACAAGUACACGUGGAUUAUAACGUUUAUCAACCGGACACCGUUCGAGACGGCAACUUCAACAGUUUCUGGAACAAGAUACCACCACCCCAACACGAAACAAGCUGGGACGAUGUUAGAGUCCGCUGCCCUUCGAACUGCUCAUCGGAAGACUCCCGAAGCCUUGACGUCACGGGCUCAGAGGAUGAGGGGGGGCGGAGGGGGGGAUGGCUGACGUCAUGUCCUGCGGCCAGUGCCGCGUUUCCCAUACAACCUUAA